AGAUUUGCAUCCUGGUAGGCUGGAUAAGGAGCAGGCUGGGUACAGCCCUGGGCAGCCUGGUGUGACCCCACCCUGCUGGGAGCAGGAGGUUGAAUUACAGACCUCGGAUGGUCCUGAAUUACCCUGUGCUGAUACGGGUGGGUCGCUCCAGGGCUUGCAGGAUCCCCCUGAAGGGAUGUCUGGGGCAAUGGUACCUCCUACGCUCUGGCUCUAGGGGCUGAGGCCACCAGGGCUGUCUGAGCUGUGGGCAUCCCCUCGAUGCCUUUUUCUCCUCCCAGGGAGCAGGGUUAUCCCAAGUGUCUUUCUCCUGCUAUGGCAGUGGUGCUAGGGCAGGUCAUAGCUGUGGCUGAGCCCCUUUUCCUCAUGUAGCACUCCUGACCUGGGAUACUUCACAGCAGGUUGUUUUUAUUACAAAAACUAGCGAAUUUACCUGAUAUAAUUAAUAUAUAUUAGUAGUAAGUGUUUGAAGGUGUUAAUAUUUUUUAAACAUUUAUGUAAUAUUAACAAUAGUUACUAUUUAUUGGUAUUACUUAUAGAAAACAAACAACAGAAGUUAUAAGUUUAUUACUAAUAAUUUCUAAAACUUUGAAUCAUUGGGGAAUCAGCUGAUGACUUUGUAGAUAGGAUUAGAUUGAAGUUUUUUAAAUGUUUUGUUUUUAGAGAGAUUUUUGGUAAUUGAAUUAUUACUAAUACUUGUAUCUUUAUAUGGUAGUUUCACUCGUUGGGCAACACUUUUUAUAGUAAAAUAUUUGUAUUUAUGUUAUAUUUGGAAUAGUACUGAUUUGUACAGUGUCCUUCCAGGGGGUUUUAUACCAGGAUUUAAAAAACUGUGAGCCCCAAACAACACCUCCAACCUGAUUCUCAGUCCUGCAGGUGGGGAUGGAGCUCUGCAGCCAAGGUAUUGUCAUGCCCACACCUGUGGGGCCAUGGUCCAGGAGCUGUGGGGGUUCUCCCAGGAAUGCUGAGUUAAAAGUUUACCAGCACGUGCUGUGGUUGUUGGGAGCAGUGUUGGUGGUGAAUUGUUGUCUGACAUCACAGAAGCCCCAGAUGAGAGGUGGGAGAGCCCUGGGAGCCACUGAGUUUCAGCUGUGGCAGGAGUGUGCUUAGGCAGCUCAUGUGUGGCCUUGGAAUAGUUUUGGGCUUGGAAUAGAAUUUGUGCUCCAUGUGUGCUCAAAGGGCAGGAGUUGGGACGAGGAGUUAGGGAGGGAAAGGUUUCCACCAGCAGGACAGAAGUUGCUGCAGCCCGGGGUGCUGGGGUAAGCACUCACACUGCUGCUGAGGGACAGGUGAGGGGCACAGGAGGCACAGUUUGUGGCAGAAUGAUGGCAUUGUUAAGGUUGUAGAGGACCUGUAAGAUCACUGAGUCCAACAGUAGGGCAGGGCCCUGGGCUGAAUGGGCUCCUCUGACUCUUGCAGGGCUCCCAACCCUCUGAGCUGGGCUGCCCCAGUGCUGGGACAUGCGCUUGGCUGCAGUGAGGCCUUUCCCAGGAGGCUGUUGAAGGAGGGCUUGGCUGGAGGUUAAGACCUAAAUCUCAGUUGUUUAGCUUUUCCAGUUUAAAGAGCAGCACCACAAUAUGUAAUCCAAAUGAAUUCUGUUCACCCUGAGCUCACAGUGUCCACAGCAUCAGCCUAGUCCUGUAAGGCUUUGGAGAGCGGACCACAAUUGCAGAAUAUCUCGAGCUGGAAGGACACCGAAGGACCAUCAAAUCCAACUCCCUGCCCCUGGCACCCAAAAUUAAACUAUAGUGUUGACUACUGCUUUGCAUUUCCUGAGCAAAUAUUUGCUUUUGUGUUCACAUCAGAGACUGUGAGAAGCUCAGGUGAAGCAUCAUGAACCUGAGCACUGGAUCUACUUGUUUCUCUUCCUUUCUAGGCAUUUCCAGUCCCAAAUUCUGUUUGAAUUUUUAAAAAAGGCAACAGUUCCCACAAAAUGAAGAGCUGUCCUUGAAAUAUUUGACCCAAUGAUGAAUCAAGAAUGGACUGGAUUUAAAUGCCAAAAAAAAGCAGAUAGAUUCCUACUGGCUAUUAGGAAGCACUGAAACAGCUAGUUAGAAGAUCGAGGGUGACACUCCGACGGGAGAACAGGAAGGGGCCCUGCAGGGAGCUCUGCCUGCUCCAGGGUGGGAUUUGGCAGCCCUCAGUCACAGUCUGUUGGAGCAUUGUGGGCCCCCGUGGGAGCCAGGAGCAGCUUGUGGUGGACCUGUUGUGCUCGUGCCAUCUUAUGGUGGUGCCAGGGCCUCGCUGUGUGCCCAGGCAAGGCGAUGGACAGCAGGGGGGAGAUGGAGGUGGUGAGGAGCACCAAGGGCAGUGCUGCUGGGGAGGUCAGUGUCCAUGUGGUCACCACCGAGAGCACUGUGCAGAGCACCCACCUGCCCACCACUGCCUUCAUCAUACCAGCCAACGCCACUGCCAUCAACCUUCCCACGAGCACCUUAGAAAUCCAGCGAUUCCCCCGGGAGCCCCAGAGAAGCACAGGGGCCGAGAGGCCAGACAGGGGAGCAGGGAAUGAGCCCAUCACAGCUGCUGUCAUUCCCCAGAUCAGUGGGGUGCAGACCUGCAGCACAGUCCGUGUGCUGGAGUGGAAAGAUGGGGUGGCAACUUUGCCUGGGAGUAACCUGCGGUUCCGGAUAAAUGAGUACGGCACGCUGAAGGUGGUGAGUGCUGAUAAGAUGCCUCCUGUGGAAGCUGUUAAGGAGGGUCACACAGAGAAAGAUGGGGACUCUGAGGUGGCACCCCCCAGCAGAGACAAUCCUACUGUGGCUCAGGACGUGCCGGAGCAGCCCGCGGCAGAAGGUCUGUGCCACUGCGAUACCUGCGGCCGCAGACACGUGUGGGACGGGGCCCGGGAGGGCAGGGGCUUCUGCAGCGAGCACUGCCACCAGCAGUUCAAAGAAAGGUCUGUCAUUGUGGAAAACUCUGCCAGCAGCACCAAUGUCACUGAAAUCCUCAAGCCUGUGAAGAAACGAAAGAGGAAGGACUAUCAGAGCCCCUCGGAGGAAGAAUAUGAAUCUGAGCAAAUGGAGGAAAAGCAGGAAGAGAAGAAAAGCUCUGUGGAAGACUCUGCCACGAGCAAUCUGGAGGCUGAGGCGUGGAACGGGAGCCAGCACGGUGCCAGUGAGGAGAAGAAAGAAGGCUGGUCUUGGGCGUCCUACUUGGAGGAGCAGAAAGCUGUCGCUGCCCCUUUAGAUCUCUUCCAGGAUUACCAAGUAGCUUCCCAGCACAAGAAUGGCUUUAAAGUGGGGAUGAAGCUGGAGGGGAUCGACCCGCAGCACCCAUCUAUGUACUUCAUCCUGACAGUGGCUGAGGUGUGUGGCUACCGGAUGCGUCUCCACUUCGAUGGCUACUCCGAGUGCCAUGACUUCUGGCUGAAUGCUGACUCCCCUGACAUCCACCCUGCUGGCUGGUUCGAGGAGACGGGGCACAAGCUCCAGCCCCCCAAAGGUUAUAAAGAAGAAGAAUUCAGCUGGACAAACUACCUGAAGUUAACAAAGGCUCAGGCAGCUCCUAAGCACCUCUUCAUGGUCCGAAACACUCACGAGGCUUCUCCAGGCUUCAAGGUGGGCAUGAAGCUGGAAGCUGUGGACCGCAUGAACCCUUCCCUGAUCUGUGUUGCCACAGUGACUGACGUGGUGGACAAUCGCUUCCUGGUGCACUUUGACAACUGGGAUGAUACUUAUGACUACUGGUGUGAUCCCAGCAGUCCAUACAUCCACCCAGUUGGAUGGUGUCAUGAGCACGGCAAACCCCUCACACCUCCUCAAGAUUAUCCUGAUCCUGACAACUUCACCUGGGAAAAGUACUUGAAAGAAACUGGAGCAUCUGCUGUCCCAGCUUGGGCCUUUAAAGUGCGCCCCCCCCACGGCUUCCUGGUCAACAUGAAGCUGGAAGCAGUGGACAGGAGGACUCCUUCUUUCAUCCGAGUGGCCAGUGUGGAGGACGUGGAAGAUCACAGGAUAAAGGUCCAUUUUGACGGCUGGAGCCAUGUGUAUGAUUUCUGGAUUGAUGCGGAUCAUCCGGACAUCCAUCCCAUGGGCUGGUGCUCAAAAACAGGACACCCAUUGCAGCCUCCUCUCAGGCCAAAGGAACCAGCCUCCUCUGCCCAUGGGGGCUGCCCAAGCCUUGGCUGCAAGAGCAUCCCUCACUCCAAGAGCUCCAAGUACAGCUUUCACCACAGGAAGUGCCCCACACCGGGCUGCGAUGGCUCAGGCCAUGUGACGGGGAGGUUCACAGCCCAUUACUGCCUCUCAGGGUGCCCGCUGGCAGAGAAGAACCAGGGCAGGCUGAAGGCUGACUUGUCUGACACCGAGGCCUCGACACGCAAGAGGAGCCCAAUGGGUUUCCCCCAGCGGAAGAAAUCUCGGCACCACGGGAGAGGGAGACCUCCAAAGUACCGGAAGAUCCAGCAGGAAGACUUCCAGACUGUUUCUUCAGACAAUGUGCACCAGUCGCUCUUCAUGUCCGCCCUGUCCGCCCACCCCGACCGCUCCCUGUCCCUGUGCUGGGAGCAGCACUGCAAGCUGCUGCCGGGGGUGGCUGGCAUCACAGCAGCCACGGUGGCCAAGUGGACCAUUGAUGAGGUUUUUAGCUUUGUGCAGACUCUGACGGGCUGUGAGGACCAAGCCAAGCUCUUCAAGGAUGAGAUGAUCGAUGGCGAGGCGUUCCUCUUGCUGACACAGGCUGACAUCGUCAAGAUUAUGAAUGUCAAGCUGGGUCCGGCACUCAAGAUCUACAAUGCCAUCCUCAUGUUCAAGAACGCUGAUGACACCUUAAAGUGACUUCUCUUGGCCCAGCCAGGAGCCUCCCUCAUCACUGGUGCUGCCAAACUGUCCAGUCAGGACAGAGAUUCCCCCAGCCGACCGCAGCUUGUCACGUCCUGCUCGUGUCCUCCCGGGUGCCACACCUUGCCUCUCCCACCAGUCCAUCUCCCACCGUGUUCCUGCACGCUGCCCUCCUGCAGUGCUGGGCCCAGGCUCGGGGGCGGUGCAGGAAGGAGGGCGGAUGUGGCACUGGCCCGUCUGGGUGCCACAGCUGCCCCCACUGUGUCCUGCUGUGCCUGCACCGGGUCGGGGGUGCUGAGGGCCAGGGGAGCACUGUGGAGGGUGUCACAGCAGCGGGCUGACACCCACUCGAGUCACCCAAGCAGGGCGAGGGACUGACUGCCUGCACCCAUGCUCACACCCACUUAAAGGCUGCUCUUGCCUUUGCUCUGAGCAGCUGAGAGAGAUUUGGGAUUUUUCUACCUGUAUGAUCCUCUGGGGGUACUUGUACUAACACCAUUUCCAAGGGACGUUCUUGAGGAGCUUCUGCUCAUUUUGCCUUUUCCUCUGAAUUCUUUUGACUUUCCCUUUUAAGGCCAGUUGAUGACUGCUUUGCCCCUGCACUGCACUGCAAACCAGUGGCCACCUCUUGCCCCUUCAGGUAGCAGCUCUCCUGGCAGCUGCUCUGCUCAUGACCAGCACCUGUGCUUUCUUCCUCUUUCCUGAAAUUCAGCAGCCCCAGGGCCCUGCCAGGCCAGGGCUGGCUGGGUGCAGAAAAGGCUCCAUUUCUUCUUGUGCUUCAGACUGUUGUGUCCAGCACUUCUCUGGGAGAAAGGAUGCUUGGAUAGCUUGUUCCUCCUGCGCCUAUUAAAGAGUCCUCUACAAAGGAAGUUGGGCCCACUUUGGUCCUUGUAUUAGAAGCAAGACUCUCUCUAGGAUGGAGACAGCUGCCAAGGACAAGAAGAAUCCAUUGCUCCAACAGGCAGAUCCACAGUCACUUCUGGAGGCGUUCCUGAGUUGGCUGAGUCAAUGCUGCCAAGCUGCCUUCUCCCCACUCUUUGCCCUCACAAGGCACCCAGGUUUUGCUGUCUGAAGAGCAAGAUCUUUUGCUGUCCCUAGAUCCCUUACCUGCAGAGCUAAAAGAAAUCCAGCACUGAGCUGGUUUGUUUCUGUCCUUUUCAGAACAUAGCACCUUUCCAACAGGGCUGCAGGCAGUUUGGGAAUGCUCAUGUAACACUGUCCCUUGUGAUGGAGGAGGGACCAAAGGGCUGCAGAGCCAGAAAAGCCAACGUUCCUGGGGGUCCUGGCAUAGUUCCAGCAGCUUCUGAUAGGCCCCUGUGCCUCCUGGCAGUGCCCACACUGGUCUCCAUGGUCCAUCACCCUGGCACAGCUGCUGUGGGAGCUGUUGGAGCAGGGGUUGGCCAUGCAGUGCUGCAGGAUGGCCACCUGCCCAGAUGGCCACCUGCCCAGGCAUCCAGUCCCAGGUCCACUUCCUUUCCCAUUCCCAACAAUGACAUUCCAGUAAUAAAACAGCUUCCUCCCUUUUCCAGUGCCCAAAGACAGGGAUGCAGAGGUGUGAGCAAGUGCACCAGCAAUGUCUCCUGGAGCUGAGCUGCCCUGGGAGACACUGUCAUAUCUGGGUCAACCUGUUUGAGGCUUCCCAUGGAAAUGUAGCAUUUUGACUCUGUUAUUGAAUAUCUGGGGUCAUGUUUGACCUGUUCUUGAAACGUCUGCUGCUUGCUCUUCCCACAGGACGUGCAACUUGUCCAUGCCUUUGUUUUGUCAUUGCUUGGGUUUGAUUUAGGCAGCUUUCCUUCUCCUUGCCUUUUUUAUGUCCUUGCAUCUUUUCAAGCACUGCAGUGGGGCCAGCUGUGGAGAGGGCGAGUGGGAAGAAACAGCUGUGUCCCCGAGUCCCAGAGUCACUCCCUGAGCCACCCUUCAUCUGGAGGAAGUGGUGUGGAAGUUGGUCUCUUCAGCUGAUGGAGAGUCUCUUUCUGGGCAACUGUGUGCUAGGGGAAAAGAGGAGGAGGCCUGGGACCUUCAGCCCAGGCUGUGAAUGGUGCUGAGACUUUUCCGUGUUUGAUCUGGAAUGAAGAGGCUCCUUCACACUGGACGUAGACCUUGAGCAUGCAAGGACCCAUUUUAGGAAAGCAUCCUGUUCUCAUCUGCUGCAUUCCCACAUGUGAAGUUGUUCCUCCUGCUGGGGAAGGGACUGAGCACCAUCCCAGGGUGCUGGGAGAGGAGCUGCUACCCAGACAUCGGAUCUGAAACUGCUGUGAAGGAGGGAGAGCCUUGUGUCUCACAGGGCUGCCUGAGGGAGCAGAGGUGGUGAGGAGCUCAGAAGAUCCUGCUGAAGGGAAGAGGAGCCACGAGCCAAGCCCUGGCUGCCCUUCAGGGCUGGGUACAACCAGCACCACUGGCUCUUGCUCGUCUGCUGGGUGCAGCCAAGCUGUGCUCUGCCUGGGCACCAGGCACACAGGCAGAGGUGAAUCCCCACACUGUGCCAGCCACGGCACCACCUGCCCUGGGCUCUCCUCACCUCCCUCUUAAAAACAGACAUGACCUGGACUGGACUGCCAGGGUGCUGCCCCUUGUCUGGGAGGGUCUGGCAGCAGAGCUGGAGCCCAGGUCCCCCCCAGGUCUGAGCUCUGUGCUGGGAGCAGCUGUCAGGAGCACCAGUCCCUUUGGAAGGGUGGUGGGAGGUGGGAGGCUGUGUUACACACCUGCUGGAUUGAGCAUCACUUCCUCAGCCUCUCAGGCUGAUGUACCUGUUGGGGUACAAAGCUGCUGGAUUUGUCUGGGUGAGGGAGUUACAGGGUUUGUAGGUGGUCAAGGGCUAUUUACUGUUAAAACUUAUAACCUUCUGUGUCCUUUAAAACCAAACCCAAAGUAUCGUGUACAUGUGGAUGGGUGAUUGUGGGAGUACCAUGACGCCAUUCCCCUGCUGUUGGCGUGUUGCUGUUUUAGGGUGGGGGUCUCUAGGGCUGUGGAGGCAGCAGAUGCCCAUCCCACGGUCUCAUGUGAUGUGUCCUCUGUGAGCAGUUGAUCCUGGUCCAGCAGGGAGGCCCUGGUCCCAGCAAGAAGGAAGGUUUGCUGCACCCCUGGCCUUGGUAGGUCCUCCAUCCCCACAAAGCAUUGAGUGGGAAUUCCCCCUCAGGGACUGUUAAGGACAGCUGUGACCAAGGCAGAAGCACCAAAGUUUCCUGUCCUUCCUCUGUUGCCUGACCAGAUUCCUCACAGAGACAUUUACUGCUGUGUCACUAACAAGCCAGAGAGGACAGUGGGCUGGGUCUGGCCCACACGUUCUUCUCUGGGGCCUUUCUGAGAGUUGUGACUGCAGCCAGCAUUUCUAAGUCAAUGAAGAACUCUUCAAGUUGAAUGUUUUUCUGAGUGAAGGUCCCCAGGUCUCUGUUUCUGCCAUUUCUGCCCCUGCAGCUGGUGUAGGCAGAGCUUAGCUGGAGCCAUGGGAGAAGUCCCACUACGUGCUCCAGCCUCAGUUUUGGGGUGUCUCCUGUAGGGGCUGGUCUGUGGCUGACUCUGGGUGUGUGGGAGCAGUUGGAGCCUCUUGGGAAACUGUUUUCUCCUCCUCGUGGAAAUGGGCAGCACCGGGACAGUGUGAGCCAAGGUCUCCAUUUCCACGAGAGCAGCCAGCCUGGAGCUCAGCAGGAAGGGUGGCCAUGCCUGCCCCAGCAAAGCACAGCCACAUGCCCUCGCCUUCCUCCGCUGCUCUCCAUGGCAAUCACAAGCACUUUCAGAAGAGAAACACACCCUCCAAUUGUUUAAGAGGGCUGGGGGCUUAGGGCAGCUGCUGCCACAGGGGCACAUCUGGGCCUGUGGGUACAAUGAGGUUGUUGGGAGAGGGAGCCAGGAGAGGGGUGUGACUUUGCCACUUGGGUUCCUCACUCCUCAUCCUCCAGGAGAGCUCCUCGAUGCAGAGAGGGAAGGACAGGAGGGCUACAGCUUGGCUCCCUUCUUCCAGCCUAGCCCUUCCUUCUGGGCCUGAGGCUCACUUGUACUUGGAGGGGGGAAUGGGAAUCAUAUUGUGGAGGGAGUGUGAUUAUGAUAACAAAAGCUUUUUUGCACUUUCAUUCAUUUUGCACUCUUUCUUAAUUUCUUUUUUUCUGUGUUUUUGAUAUUGGCGCCUCCUCUCUGUGUUUUCAUAAUGAAAAUCCUGUUGUAGCCAGUGCAGCUAUUCUGGAACUGUGUGUCCUGAAUGUACAGUAAUUUAAAGGCUCUAUAUAUAUAAACUUAUAGUGGUACAAAGGUAAAUUUAUAUAUAUAGAUGAUGGUGUGAUGUGUUUUGUCAGUGUUUUAAAAUAAUAAACGAAUGUGAGCAACAGA